GUUUCAAUCGUUUCAACGUGGUGCUGUUGUGGUGUUGUGGUAGUCUGCUGUUGGGUCCGUUUAUGGUCCGAAUUCGUUUGUAAAUAUUAGUUUUGUUGUGUGGAAAGUUUGAAAAUGGGACGUUCGUCGAAAGACAAAAGAGACGUAUAUUAUCGCUUAGCGAAGGAAGAAGGCUGGAGAGCUCGUAGCGCGUUCAAGUUGCUGCAAAUCAACGAGGAGUUUGACAUAUUUUCGGGCGUCAAGAAAGCCGUGGACCUGUGCGCCGCUCCAGGAAGCUGGAGCCAAGUGUUGUCGAGAAAGCUGAGAAGUAACGCCGAAAAUCCAGAUGACGUGAAAAUCGUGGCGGUUGAUCUGCAGGCCAUGGCCCCACUGCCGGGUGUGAUACAACUGCAGGGAGACAUUACAGAGAUUUCAACGGCACGAAAGAUCAUCAAUCAUUUCGAAGGGGAGAAAGCUGAUCUCGUUGUUUGCGACGGUGCUCCCGAUGUGACUGGACUUCACGACAUCGACGAAUACAUCCAGGCAGAACUGCUGCUGUCGGCCCUGAAUAUCACAACGCACAUACUAAAAAACGGAGGCACAUACGUCGCAAAGAUUUUUAGGGGAAAAGACACGACGCUGCUUUACGCCCAGCUGAAGCUGUUUUUCAAACAUGUGGUCGUCGCGAAGCCUCGCAGCAGCCGCAACUCCAGCAUUGAGUCUUUCGUUGUCUGCCAAGUCUACAGCCCGCCAGAGGGCUACAAGCCAUUCAUGUACACCGGAUCGCUAGACAGACUGAGGGACGCCGCGGAGGAACCCAACAGAACGCUCGUUCCGUUUGUCGUCUGCGGAGACCUCGCCGGAUUCGACUCCGACCGGACGUACCCCCUUGAGCUGGAUGACAAAAAGGAGUAUGAGUUCUGCGGUCCCGUCCAACCUCCGAUCGACCCGCCCUACAAGACAGCCGGUGGCUUGAAGAAGAAGGGAGAACUCGCAAAACCAGGAAGGGAAACCGGCAGCUCUGAGCAAGAAGCAAUCGCAGGCUUUUCGGGAAUUAGCCUCCAGUGACCCAAAGGAGCCCAGAAGUCGUAGGAAAUCAUUGGCACCUUUGGAAAAGCGUUUGAGUGUGUGACUCAGUACUAUUCCCACUUUGGAAUCUUGCUGAUGUUUUUUGUCUGUGUAUGUUGACCCAAAGUACCUACAAACGAAAGAAGUGCAUCCACUCUGACAAAAGAACUAGCCUGUGCACUGUUAGGUUUGAAUCGGUUUUGCGUCUCUUCGGUGCUGGUUUGCAGCUGGUGCCCUCAAGGUCGUUUGAUGUUCAAAGGAGGGUGGCACCUUCAAAAGGAGUUAGAAUAGAUGUGACAUGCAAUGCAAGCGUUGCAUAUGACGAUGGUACAGAUAUAUUGAGAAAAAAAUAAAAAUACUCUUUUUUACUGCUA